AAAUCGAAUUUCUCCAAUAAUUCAUCUUCCAAUAUAUGUAUUAUGAUCUUUAUACAAUUGAAUUUCGCGCAAAAUUAAAUGAAAAUGGAAGGAACUCCUAGAUUGAAAAAGAGAGGGUCGCUUACUUUGGGACGACAUUACAAAAGAGAUGCGUCUCCAAUUAUUUUACAAGGAAAAAUGCGUUCAUCCUCAAUUAAUAGCAUCGAUAAUAACAAUGAUGACAACGACGAAUAUCAACUUUUAAGAACACCUAAAACGCCUUCAAUUACUUCAUUAAGUUCUGAUAGAGGCAUCGAAUGUACACCGCCACACAAAAAAUUCAAUUUAGAUGACAGUGUGGAAUAUUCCCCCAAAUGCUUCGAUAAUAGUUUUUCGCCCGGCGGUUUGCUAUCACAGACACUUUCUUCAAAUAGUCCUGAAGUCGGUUGGAAAUGGGGCCGUCGUUCCACCGAUGACCCAGCAGAAACUGCCACUCCAGAUUCGGCUUAUGCAGCAGAUAGCAGUUUUACUUCAGCUGGGUCUAGUAGCAAAGAUGUAAUUAGCAGAUUAGGACGAUUUCGUAGCGAUUCCAAUGCUCAACGGCUUGCUUAUGAAAUGCGAAAGGAGGAACAGCGCCGAAAACUGGAAAUACAAAUGCGACGAGCCGAAAAGCUACGAGCAGAUGAAUUAUUAAAACAGCGUUGUGCUAAGCUACAGGAGCAACUAAGAGAAGCAGAGAAACGACGUAAGCAGGAAAUGAAAAAAAAGUUAGAAAUACAAGAGCAACUUCAAAGAGUAGAAGAAAACAAGAAAUUUUUGGAAGCAACCGCAGAAUCGGAAACCAUAGCAGAAUUAGCUGAAAUAAAUGAUAUUUUCGCAAAUGCGAACGAUACUUUAGAUGACUUCUUCAAUGAUUCAGAUUCUGAUGAUUUGCUACUUGAAGCCACGCAACAGGUAGAAUCAAAAAUAAUAGAGCAAACACAGAAGCCAGAAAUUAAAACAACAGUAACUUCCCAAACAACAACAUUAGUUGCAAAUAAUUCAGUACAAACACAUAAUAAGGCACUAAAUCAAGAGAAUACGUCAACAACUCCAAAUCGUGAAGAAAAGCGUUCGUCUCUUUAUAUGAAGUUUUUGGAGGAUGACACCCCAGAUGAUUGGCUCUUUUCACUCGAUGAUGAAAUUUUACAAGCCACACAGCAACCAAAGCCACGUAAUUCGCUCCAAAGACACAAUUCUAUGCCUACUAAUACUACUAAUCCUUCGAUGACUUCAGCUACUGGCGGUGCCGGAGCAUCUAAAAGAAUCUCAACUAUUACCUCGUCUGCAUUACAAACUUCUUCGAGUACGGCAAGUUGUAAAGCAGUUUCUUCGCCAAAAAUCAAACGUCAUUCGAGUUCAACAGCCCUCCGGCCCUCUACAAGUGCUGCCUCCGGUUAUCGUGGUCACCAGCCCUAUAACAAGAAGUAAAUUGGCCACAAAUAUAACCGGAGCGCCGUCGAUUUUUAUGUAUCGAGUAAAAAAUAACAAUCUAGCAAUUAAUGAAGGAAAUAUAUAUAUAUUUUUGAAAUAUGGAUAUACAUAUGUACGUAAUGUUUAUGAAAAAUCCGAAAUCAAAUUAUUUAGCAUUCAUUUACAAUGCCUUCAUUUCACUUUCAAUAUCAUCUAUGUAUGUAUACGGAAUAAAUAUAAUUCAUGAUUGCAUAAGCAAAUAAUUAAGUUAUGAUAAACAUCUAGAUGAAAGUUAUGUUCUGUUUGAACGUGAUAGUGAUAGUGGUGUUCUGUUGAAAAUUUUUCUGAUAGUGUUAAUUAAUUGAAAGAGUUUGUGAGAAAAAUAAACUAUCUGUUAAGCCAUAGUAAUAAUCAACUAA